AUGGCACUUCGCAACUCGCGCAAUCGCCCGGCUGGGACUAUGGUCACCAAUUCAGUCGAUGUUGACGCCUUUGCAUACCGGGACUUUGUCAUCAACAAGGUCAUACCUUUCAUCAAGGCUUCAUUCCCCAGUACUUCGAAGCAAGUUGUUCUGCAACACGACAACGCGACUCCACAUGGAAGCAUCACGGACGUUGUGCUCGAAGGCGUGUCAACUGACGGGUGGACGUUCAAGAUUCACAAACAACCGCCCAAUAGUCCCGAUUUGAAUGUAUUGAACCUGGGAUUUUUGGCGUCCAUACAAAGCCUGCAAUACAAGAUGAAGAGUCGGACUGUGUACGACAAGCUGGAGGCCAAGUUUCUCACCUUCCAAGCGGUGAUGCGCAUGGUCCUCGAGCACUGUGGCGACAACCACUACAGGGAACGACGCUGA